AUGUAUGCUUGCUGCUCUACAGUAACUUUGGAACAGGACCUCAACAAAAAAAUGCAUAUCUGGAUGCUGCAGACGAUCGCAUUUGCUUUAACAUCACUAGUCCUUUCCUGGGCAGAAAGCAUCGAGUAUUAUGGGGAAAUCUGUGAUAAUGCGUGUCCUUGUGAGGAGAAGGACAGCAUCUUAACAGUGAGCUGUGAAAACAGAGGGAUCAUCAGCCUUUUUGAGAUCAGUCCACCAAGGUUCCCCGUUUACCACCUCUUGUUGUCUGGGAACCUUUUGAACAGGCUGUACCCAAACCAGUUUGUCAAUUACACGGGGGCUUCAAUUUUGCAUCUGGGGAGCAAUGACAUACAAGACAUCGAAACUGGGGCCUUUCAUGGUCUGAGAGGUUUAAGGAGGCUGCACUUGAACAAUAACAAGCUGGAACUUUUACGGGAUGACACUUUCCUUGGGCUAGAGAGUUUGGAAUACCUACAGGUCGAUUAUAAUUAUAUUAGCGUCAUUGAACCUAAUGCCUUCAGCAAACUGCAUUUGUUGCAGGUGCUGAUUCUCAAUGAUAACCUCCUCUCCAGUUUGCCCAACAACCUUUUCCGUUUUGUGCCCUUAACUCACCUGGACCUGAGGGGUAACCGGCUGAAGCUGUUGCCCUAUGUGGGCCUUCUGCAGCACAUGGAUAAAGUGGUGGAGCUGCAGCUGGAGGAAAACCCCUGGAAUUGCUCCUGUGAGUUGAUUGCUCUAAAGGAUUGGCUGGACAGUAUCUCAUACUCUGCUCUGGUGGGAGAUGUGGUUUGUGAGACCCCUUUCCGCUUACAUGGUCGAGACUUGGAUGAAGUCUCUAAGCAGGAGCUCUGCCCCAGGAGGCUCAUCUCUGAUUAUGAAAUGAGACCUCAGACACCACUGAGCACUACAGGGUAUUUCCACACUACCCCGGCCUCAGUCAACUCCGUGGCCACUUCUUCUUCAGCUGUUUACAAAUCUCCCUUGAAGCCCCCCAAAGGGACCCGCCAACCCAACAAGACAAGGGUGCGCCCCACCUCCCGCCUGCCCUCAAAAGACCUGGGAUACAGCAACUAUGGCCCCAGCAUUGCCUACCAGACCAAAUCCCCGGUGCCUUUGGAGUGCCCCACUGCCUGCACUUGCAACUUGCAGAUUUCUGACCUGGGCCUCAAUGUCAAUUGUCAGGAGAGGAAGAUUGAGAGCAUUUCUGAACUGCAGCCCAAACCCUAUAAUCCUAAGAAGAUGUAUUUGACGGAAAACUACAUUGCGCUGGUACGCAGGGCAGAUUUUGUGGAUGCCACUGGGCUGGAUUUGCUGCAUCUGGGCAAUAAUCGCAUCUCGGUCAUUCAGGACCGGGCUUUUGGGGAUUUAACUAAUUUGCGAAGGCUGUACCUGAAUGGGAACCGGAUCGAGCGUCUGAGCCCAGAGCUGUUCUAUGGGCUGCAAAGCCUGCAGUACCUCUUCCUGCAGUACAACGUCAUCCGGGAGAUAGAGGCAGGCACCUUUGAAUCUGUCCCCAACCUUCAGCUCUUGUUUUUGAACAACAAUCUGCUGAGGUCUUUGCCAGGGAACAUUUUUUCUGGUCUGUCUCUCUACAGGCUGAGCCUGCGGAGCAACCACUUCUCCUACCUGCCAGUGAGCGGGGUGUUGGACCAGCUGAAAUCCCUGCUGCAGAUCGACCUGCACGAGAACCCCUGGGACUGCACCUGCGACGUGGUGGGCAUGAAGCUGUGGCUGGAACAGCUCAACACCGGUGUCCUGGUGGACCAGGUUAUCUGCGAGUCCCCUAAGAAGUUUGCCCAGAGCGACAUGCGGGCCGUCCGGGCGGAGCUGCUGUGCCCCGACUACUCGGACAUCGUCGUCUCCACGCCCACGCCGUCCCCGGGCCAGCUGCCAGCCAGGACCACCCCCUCCUCCUCCACGGUGCGCCUCAAUGGCACGGCGGCGGCGGGCGGCUCCGCGCCCGCGGGCGGCGCCGGCGGCGGCAGCUCCUCGGUGCCGCUCUCGGUGCUGAUCCUCAGCCUGCUGCUCGUCUUCAUCAUGUCCGUCUUCGUGGCGGCGGGGCUCUUCGUCCUGGUGAUGAAGCGGCGCAAGAAGGGCCAGGGGGACCACGCCAGCGCCAACAACUCCGACGUGAGCUCCUUCAACAUGCAGUACAGCGUCUACAGCGGCGGCGGCCACCACCACCACCCCCACCUCCAGCAGCACCCGCCCCACCGCGGCGGCGGCAGCGGCGGCGGUGGGGGCGCUGCGCUGCCCAAGGUGAAGACCCCCGCCGGCCACGUCUACGAGUACAUCCCGCACCCCCUGGGCCACAUGUGCAAAAACCCCAUCUACCGCUCCCGGGAAGGCAACUCGGGCGAGGAUUACAAAGACCUUCACGAGCUCAAGGUCACCUACAGCAGCCACCCCCUGCCACCCGGGGGGGGCGCGCCGCCGCCCCCGCCGCCGCCGGCGCCCGGCGGGGAGGAUGCGCCGGCGCGCAGCCCCGCGUACAGCGUGAGCACCAUCGAGCCGCGGGAGGAGCUGCUCUCGCCGGUGCAAGACGCCGAUCGCUUUUACAGGGGCAUUUUGGAGCCCGACAAACACUCCCCCUCCACGCUGGGUACACCCGGCUCCACCCUCCCCGACUACCCCAAGCUCCCCGCCGCCUACACCUACUCCCCCAACUAUGACCUUAGGCGUGCCCACCAGUACUUGCACCCGGGGCCGGGGGACGCCAGGCUCCGGGAGACGGUGCUCUACAGCCCCCCGAGUACUGUCUAUGUAGAGCCCAACAGGAACGAGUAUCUGGAGCUAAAAGCAAAACUAAACGCAGAGCCGGACUACCUCGAAGUGCUGGAAAAACAGACCACAUUCAGCCAGUUCUGA